CGUUCUUUCCCACCUAAUUGAUGGAAGCUUCUCUCCCUGAGGCGGUACUUUGUAACUCGCACGGAACGUCUUCUUGCACUGCCGACAUUCGCCGCCCUAAGACCAGAAUCUGACGCAUACAGAGUUUUUUCGCAAUCAUUCAAAAUCCCUCUCCUCAUUCCUCGCAGAAACGAACUCUGCAAUGAAUUCGAUUCGUCACUUUGCCAAUCCUCACGCGGCCGCUCCCCUUCCCGGCGCUUCCGCAGCCGUACAGCACCACCGUUCCUCUCAGUUGUUGUGCGUCCUUCCGUUUCGAAGCUUCCUACAUCGGCCGCCUUCUUUGACGCCUGGCUCAUCUUGGUUUCGUGGACGGCCGGUCGUUAUUUCCGCCUCUGGCACGGCCAAUUCGACUCCGCAAAGGACUGGGAUUUACACGGUCGGGGAUUUCAUGACCAGAAAGGAGGAUUUACAUGUGGUGAAGACCACGACAACUGUCGAUGAAGCUCUGGAGACACUCGUCGAUAAGCGAGUUACUGGUUUCCCUGUGAUCGAUGAUGAUUGGAAAUUGGUUGGUGUUGUUUCAGACUACGAUCUCUUGGCGCUUGACUCUAUCUCAGGUGGUGGUCAAGCAGACACAAAUUUGUUUCCUGAUGUCGAUAGUUCCUGGAAAGCAUUUAAUGAGAUCCAAAGACUGCUUGGAAAAACUAAUGGAAAAAUUGUUGGCGAUUUGAUGACCCCCGCCCCUCUUGUUGUCCGUGAAACCACCAAUCUCGAAGAUGCUGCAAGGUUGUUGCUCGAAACAAAAUACCGGCGAUUGCCUGUUGUGGAUGGUGAUGGCAGGCUGGUUGGACUCAUUACAAGGGGAAAUGUCGUUAGAGCUGCCCUUCAGAUUAAACAUGCUAGUGCGAAAUACCACAAUUGAAGAUCAUGACUCAAUUAAAGAUUUUGGCUGGUCAUUGAAGAAAACUGCUGUUGGAUAAUGAAAGUCCCAUGUCUUCACCUCAAUCAUAGCAUCAUUUUGAGGCAAGCAGGAGUCGACCCCCCUCCUGCCUAUGUCUUUUUCCUACACAUAAAUCACUUAUUCUUGUGCUCCUCUGUAAUUUUAGUUGCAUAAUAUUCUUUCCUGACUUGGAUGUUGUGGAGCAACUUUAGUUGGGAUUAGGGUUGAUUGGAUACAGGUCUCUGCAAAAUACCCAUCUAGGAUUGUAAUUCAAUAUUUGUUGACACUUUCUUUGAAUGAUCAAACAAAUAUUACUAUAUGAGAUUAUUGAAUAUAACAUGGCAUAUUCUUCGAA